AUGUCCGAAUCUACGUUGAAGCCCGAGAAGGACUUCACGAAGGAGGUCGACCAGCAACUUCCGGAAGCUGAAACUCUGGCAAAAACCAACCUUCAAGGCGCAAUCGAGAAGCUUACUGCCCUUGAGAAGCAGACUCGGCAGGCCUCGGACUUAGCAUCGACAUCACGGGUUCUGAUCGCAAUCGUAACCCUCUGCAAAAAUGCCGGUGACUGGAGCUUGAUGAAUGAGCAAACGCUCGUCCUUUCCAAGAAGCAUAGCCAGCUCAAGCAGGCCAUUACCAAGAUGGUACAGACUGUGGUUGGUUUCCUAGAUGACACACCAGACCUCAAGACGAAGCUUUCAGUCAUCGAGACCCUUCGAACUGUUACAGAGGGAAAGAUAUUCGUCGAGGUAGAGCGAGCCCGUGUGACCAAGAUUCUUUCCGAUAUCAAAAAGGAGCAGGGGGAUCUGAAAGCUGCCACGGAGAUCUUGUGCGAAUUGCAAGUCGAGACAUUUGGCUCUAUGGACCGACGGGAAAAGACUGAAUUCAUCUUAGCGCAAGUUGCGUUGUGCAUUGAGAGUGAGGACUGGACUCAGGCUGGCAUCCUAGGCCGCAAGAUCAGCACACGGUAUUUGGCCCGCAAGCCCAAGAAGACUGCCGAGCAGUUGGAGAAGGAACAGAAGGAGCGCGAGAAGAAGAGGGCUCGAGGCGAGGAAGUCCCAGAAGAGAAACAAGACGAUACCACAGAUCUCAAGUUGCGGUACUAUGAACAGCAAAUCGCCCUUGCGAAACAUGAUGAUAAAUAUCUGGAUGUAUGCAAGCACUACCGACAAGUUCUCGAUACCGAAGCGGUCGAGGAAGACCCUGCUAAGCUUCAUCCCGUGCUUCAGCGGAUCAUCUAUUUUGUCAUCCUUUCCCCUUAUGAUAACGAGCAGCAUGACCUACUUCACCGCAUAUUCAAAGACACGCGGAACUCUCAAGUCCCGUUGGAUGCUGAACUGCUCAGGCUGUUCACCGUCCACGAACUGAUGCGAUGGCCAGAGAUUGCCAAAAAGUUUGGUCCGCACCUGUGUAGCACCGACGUCUUCGAUGCGCAGCCCGGUCAGUCGUCCGAUGCGAAGGCUCACCAGCGAUGGGAGGACCUUCGAAAGCGUGUCAUCGAGCACAAUGUUCGGGUCGUCGCCAAGUACUAUACUCGAAUUCGCAUGAACCGUCUGACCGAGUUGCUCGAUUUGGCCGAGGAUGAAACUGAAAAGUAUAUCAGCGAGUUGGUCACCUCGAAGACGGUCUAUGCCAAGAUUGAUCGCCCCGCUCGAAUCGUCAGUUUUGCUAAACCCAGAGGUGCCGAUGAUAUUUUGAACGAAUGGAGCCAUAACAUGAAGAGUCUAUUGGGAUUGCUAGAGAGAAUCGACCACCUAAUCACGAAGGAGGAGAUGAUGGCUCGCAUUCAACCCACAAGUGCAAAGUAG